AUGACGAGUGUUGAUCAAAAUGGUCUUAGCGGACGAGAUCUUCGAAUCAAAUUAUUCGAUCUAAUGAAAUCAAAAGGAAUCGUGGACAAUGUUAAAUCUCAUCUACGUGGUCGAUUGAUUCAAGAGUUGCGUGGAGGCAUUGAUGAUCAAAUUCGAUUCUCGUCGUCAGAAACGCAACCGACAUUACUUGUCCGAGCGUUGAAUGCAUUGAUUUUAGAUUAUUUUCAAAUACAAAAAUACGAUUAUACAUCAAGUGUUUUCAUACCUGACGCGAAUAUUAAUGAUUAUAAAGUUAUGUCAGAUGAAGAAAUUCUUCGUCUAUUGAAUAUCUCGACGGAAUCAACUUUCUAUAAAAAAAUUAAAUCAAACAAAGAAAACCACGCACACACAAGUUUACUCAUGGCAAUGCUCACAUGUAUUGCCUCAUGGUUGCCUGGUUCAUGGCAGAGCAAUGGAACACAAACUUCGCAUGAUCUCUGGUCUGGUUCCAUCGCAGGAGCAACGCUUGAUGAAAAAUUAAGUAAUCUCGAUGCAAUGUAUAACAAUCGGCAAGACGACGUGACCUCGAUGCAUAAUUUGUCGACUGAGGAAAAACUAUUGUUAUUUCAGAAAAAUAUCGAACUGAGGACGAAAGAAAGUCUUCGGCAACAAAUGGAACAAUUCCGUGAAAACGAAAUUAAGAAAAUUCGUGAAGAUGAACGUUUGAAAUGUCAAAUGGAAUUACAAUCAUUACGAAAAGAACUCGAAGCACUUUAUCAUUCAAAACACGAAACUCUCAACGAGAAAGAAGGACGUAUUAGUGAUCGAUUCAAAGCUGAACUCGAAAACGAACGGCGCGAACUAUACGGACAACGGCAAACAUUUCUCGAAGAAUUAAAAGCGAUGAAAGUUCGCGAGACUGAAAAUCAACGGAACCUCGAAAUACGCGAAAGAUCAUUAGCUCUUGAAGCAGAUCGCGUUAAGCGUCUUGAAGAUGAUAUACGGAAACGUGAAGUAGGAUUGACAAAUACCGAAUUACAUGUGGAUCAACAAGUACAAAUGAAAUUGAACAAAUUACGAUUUGAAAUUGAACAGCAAUUUACCGAGCGCAACAAAAAUUUACAAUUGAUUGAAAUGAGAAAUCAGGGUACAUUCGGAUUAAAGUUGCUUUCUCUGUUAUCUAUAAUUGUUGAAUUAAUAGAAGAAACACGACGACUUGCUGAAGAACGUUUGGCAGCUGAACAAGCGAAAGCCGAAGUUGCUUCCAUGCGUAAACAUUAUUCCGAAGCUGAUUCGAAAAUUUUGCGUUUACAGAGUGAAAUCAAAGUUCUUCAGAAUGAAAAUGAAAUCUUACGUGAAAAAGCCAAACACUCUGUUGAUUAUCAAUCCAUUCGAGAAGAAAAUGCUGUUUUAAAAUCUCAAAUGAACAAUACAACAAGUCGAUCUCAACGUUCCAAUCGAUAUCAACAUGAUAGUGGUAGUUCAUCGCCUCGCGAGCGAUCGCAUAGCUCUCGAGGAGUGAUACGUGAAUUGAAAACUAUUUUGGACAAUCAAGCCGUCGGUCAACGUGUUGUCAAUGAUGAAUUGGUUGAUCUAAAAACACAAAUAGCACUUCUACAAUCAUCGAACGAACCCGAACCGUACCUUAAUGGUCGUUUUCCGAGCAAUCAUGGCGGUGAUUAUCUAUCUCGUGUUGUCAAAUCAGCAAGUGAUGCUCAGUUGAAUCAAAGUCGAUACUCAACGUCGUCAAACUAUAAUCAAUUCAUCGAAGAGGCGAAAUUAAGAAUGCAUGAGCUCGAUCGCGAAGCCGAUAGAGUCGAAGAAAGUUAUCGUGAUUAUCAACAUCGGAUUUUAACCCAAACGUCACAACCACAUGCUUUACAAUCGGCAGGUAACCACAACGCUACUCACUUUUGCACCGAAGGAAAGAACGACAGAAAAACGAGACUAACAGUUGUGUUAGUUUCACUGAAUUCAAUGUUUGGAAUAAACAAAUCACAAGAUGAGAGGCGUUUAUCAAUUUUCACUUCGUAG